CGAGAAAAUACUCUAUUGCUGGCUCUAGCGCUGAGCUUUCUUUCUCCUUUACCAUCUCUGAAAUUCGAGAGUCAGAGGAAGAUCCCCGCAAAGAGAGAGAGACAUGGCCUCUACUCGUGUCGAUUCCGUCUUGCAUAAUCUGGAGUUGCUCCAGAACAACCUCGAAAAACGUGAUUCGUUUGAAACUGGAUUUUCCAACCUGCGUGAAGGAUUUGAGGCCCUCAAGCUGAAUCUGCUGUUCCUGAAACCAGUUCUUCUGUGUGCAAAAAACUGGAGCAACGACCAAUUGAAGGUAAGGCUUCGAGAUUUCUUGUCUAAGAUUGAAGCUCCUGUAAACAGAUCUGGGAUGGAUAUAAAGUCCCUCAAUCUUAGGUCAAAAAGUCCAUUCAAUUUGAAAAGCGUAGUCACAGCUUUGAAACCCGUCGUCUCUAAUUUGCUGGGAAACAUCAAGUCCUUUAAGCAAGAUAUCAUCGACAUAUACGAUACCUUGUCGAGCUGCAGCUCAUCAGAGUCCGGUUCCUGCUUAAGAGACUGUGAACUCGUGGACUUCAUAGACUCCGUUCUACAGAAUCUGAUCGAUCUUCUCAGCCGUCGGUAUUUUGAGUCCAUGGAAGAUUACAACAGUGCUUUGCACGCACAUAUUGAGGCCCUUGAAGACAAGCUUACAUUCUUGAAAAAUUUCAUUGGCUUUGCCAAAUUUCUGGGUGUUGAAGAACGUGAAUUGGGAGAUCUGUUGGCUCACGUUCAAGUUGUGGCUCUAAAUGCCGCACGCCUCUCUUACAAGUGUUUGUUUUACAAGGAAGAUGAAGAGAUGCAUGAUCCCAGGAUGUGCUCCAUAAUCAGUGAACUACUGGAGAAGAUUAACCCCGUUGACCUCCAAGUUUAUGAGACAUAUGUCAAAGUCCUUAAAGCUCCGAAAUCCCCAGAAUCAUUGCUUACAACGCAGACAGAUAUGCAAAUACUGAAGGAUUUUAAUGAUUCUCUCAUAAGUAGUCUUUGGGAACUCCUAUGGUGCAGAACCAGCUUCGCAGUUUCUGUGAAAGAUCAAAUGAAAAGACUCUAUGAGGGACUGAGAUUUUUGAGAAGCAUUCUGAAUGAGGCGCAGGAGAAUAUGAAUGAGCUAAAUGAUAAAAUUGUGGCUGUUAUUAGUGAGGCAGGAAUUGUAGUUUUCUCACUCUUUCUGAAUGAAAUGAAAGAACUGGGUGUUGACUCCUUAGUGGUCGGAGAAUCUGCUGAAUCUUGUGCUAUGUUAGUCAACACGAACAACAAUGUUAUGCUUAUUGUGGCUCAGCUAAGGGGUUCAAGCAUCUCAGGAAGUAAACCCUCCUGUCAUAGCUUCAAAGGACAAGUUCGCAAGACUACCCGUUUCAAGCCAUCAAGAGGUAGAGUACCAAUGACCGAUGAAUUUGUAGUUGGUCUCGAGGAUGAGGCAAAAAAAGUGAUUAACAGACUCGAAAGAGGAUCAGCAAUGUUGCAAAUUGUUCCCAUUGUGGGAAUGCCUGGACUUGGCAAGACCACUCUAGCCAAAAAAAUUUACAAUAGUCCCCCAGUUCGGGCUCACUUCCAUUUGUUUCUUUGGUGUACUGUUUCUCAAGAAUAUAACUUGAAAAAUCUACUAGUUCAAAUUUUGUCCUCUCUUGGUAAACAGGCUAGCGUGAAUGAAGAGCACAAAGUUCUGGAUGAGAUUGAUUUAAUGCUAAACCUCAAGAAACUGUUAUUGAAGAAUAGAUAUCUCGUUGUUUUAGAUGAUGUCUGGGACAUUGGGGUAUGGCAUGGCUUGUGUCAUUCAUUCCCUGACGAUAGGACUGGAAGUCGAAUCCUAAUUACAACUCGAGAAUCUAGUGUGGCUUCAGAGGUUAGAAUUGGUGUGGAUUCUGUGGAACUUCACAAUCUUCGUGAACUCACCAAAGAAGAGAGUUGGGAAUUAUUGCAGAAGAAGGUGUUUGGAGAAGCACAUUGUCCUCCACCACUACGCAUGCUUGGGGAGAAAAUAGCAAGAAAUUGCAAGGGAUUGCCUCUUACCAUAGUCAUCAUAGCUGGAAUUUUGUCAACUAUAGAGGAUGAGGCUUGGAGUGAAGUUGAUAGUUUAACUUCAGCCAUUGCGUAUGAUACAGACCGGUGCAAGUAUACAUUGGAGCUGAGUUACAUGAACUUACCACUUCAUUUGAUACCAUGCCUUCUCUACUUUGGGGCAUUUAGAGAAGAUCAAGAAAUUGAAACUGAGAAGUUGACGAGACUAUGGAUAGCCGAAGGCUUUGUAUCUGCUGAAGAGCCUGUGCAAGAUACAGAACCAAAGAGAUUAGAGGAUUUAGCAGAAGAAUACAUGAUGCAUCUUAUUGGCCGAAACCUAAUCAUGGUUGCCAAACAAGGACAUACUGGUGGAGUCAAAACUUGUCGCAUUCAUGAUCUAUUACACGAGUUUUGUAAGGACAGCCAAACAAGAAAAUUUCCUACAGGUGUUGCGUGGCUACAGUGAACUUUCCACUUUUAAUGAGCGCCCCUACCUCGAGAGGUUGUCCAUUUGGUCCAAGGUAGAGCAGUUUAAGAAGUCAAGGCUAUUCUGUCCACAACUAUGCAGUCUGCUAUUGUUUAGUCAGAUUGAAGAGACUGAUUCAUUCAUCGCUGAUAUGUCAUUUGUCUUUGGCAUCUACAAAAAACUUCGGGUGUUGGAUUUGGAGCAAAUUUUUCUGCGGCAUAAGGUUUUACCUGGAGAAGUAGAAGCUCUUGUUGAGCUGAGAUACUUGGGUGUUCAGGGUGCAAUGAGUUCCAUUCCCUCCACAAUUGACAAGCUCUCCAACUUAGAAACUUUUGUUGUGAUUGCUGAAUCUGGUACUGUUUCAUUGCCAGAUACCAUAUGGAACAUGACCAAGUUGAGGCAUCUACAUGUGGUGGGCUGGAACGUUACUUGUUCUUUGCCGAGUGAAAAUCUUGAAAACACCUCCGGCCUCUCGAAUUUAGAUACUCUUUCCACCUUGAUUGUGACUUUAGACGACAGAGCGGAAAAUAUAAUGAGAAAGAUUCCAAAUGUCCGCCAACUGAAGAUCCAACUCUCGGCAGCAGAGUGCUCUGUGGGAUGCUGCAACUUAAGUCACCUUUCAAGUCUAGAAGCACUCGAAGUGUUGGCGGAGUCAUUGCCAUCGAAUCCUGAAGUAAUUGAUGCUGAGGAUGAGAAACUGAAAAAGCUAAAGAACGAAUUUGGAAAUGAAGUUUAUGAAGCUGUGACAACAGCUUUGAUGGAGCUGAAUGAGCCAGUGGCAGGUAUGUUAUACCUGAGUUAUGGAACUACAACCAGAAAAGGAGAGCAACACUGAAGGAAGGAGUAGCAUACACCACAGUAUAUGAUCAAUAUAACGGAUGAUUCACCACAGUGACAUCAUCAUUGAAUGAAGAUGGAUAGGCCAUGGACCUGAAUAAUGCACGUACCACGAUUAGCAUAGCAAGUGUGAAAUAAUUCAAAAUGGAUAGCUAUUAAACACGAAGUUGGCAGGAGUAUGGAUUUGUAACCAUAAAUCGGUUUCAUGAUAAUAUGGAUUAAUCGGUGCAUAUACUUCCAAAACACAAUUUGCUCUUAAAAUAAAGAAAAAAAAUGUCAGUAGCAGAGGUGUCUUGAAUCCCCUUGAUUACAUACAGGUAGAGAGAGUAAGAAGGUUCACCUUUAGUGGUCUUUGGUUUUCCAUUUGAGGCAUUUCCACUGCUCGAUUAUGUAUGCUACUCCUUCCUUCAGUGUUGCUCUCCUUUUCUGGUUGUAGUUCCAUAACUCAGGUAUAACAUACCUGCCACUGGGGUUGUACUCAUUCAGCUCCAUCAAAGCUGUUGUCACAGCUUCAUAAACUUCAUUUCCAAAUUCGUUCUUUAGCUUUUUCAGUUUCUCAUCCUCAGCAUCAAUUACUUCCUGCAAAGCCACAUUUGAAAGUUAGAUGUACACAAAAUCUCAGUCAAAAGGGCAAGAAAGAGUAGCUAUUGUCUUUGGAUUUUCUAAUAUCAGCAGGGUUUGCUAUGUGUGGCUUUCUCAAAUGUGUGGCUUUCUUAUAAUUGCUCAUACGUGUGGCUUUCUCUAUUUUAAAACAAAAAAGUAAAAAAAAAAAAGAGAAAAAAAAAAGGUUUGCUGUUACUGUGGAAGAAGAAGAAAGCAGUUGAAGAAGCAAAACUUUUGCCUGUGUUUUUGUGUGCCUUUUUGUUUCGAACUCUGUAUAAAUUUUAGGGAAUUGGGAGGGUUUUGAGCUCCACUGUUUAUUAUUCAACAAAAA